AACGAUAAAUGCUAUGUAAUAAUACCUUCUCCAUGAUUAAUUUAGACCGAUUUAUAUAUAGAUUGUUUUUAUUUAUUUAUUUAUUUUUAUCAGAAUCGCUUCGGUGGAGUAGAUGAAGAUGAAAAAAGUCAAACAACAAGAGAAAAGCAGCUAGUGAUCAUAGAGACACAGAGGAAGAAUCUUCCGGGAAUCAAUUGCAAAAAAUAAUAAUAAUGACUACGACAGGUAGUGCAGGAAAUAGCGCGAAACAGUCGCUGGACGACGACCAGAUUGCGGAGCUGCGGGAGAUAUUCCUAUCGUUCGACUGCAACAAGGACGGCAGCUUGACGCAGCUGGAGCUGGGCUGUCUUCUGCGAUCGCUGGGACUGAAGCCCAGCACAGAACAGCUUGAGGCUCUGAUCCACAAGGCCGAUACCAACCACAACGGACUAGUGGAGUUCUCGGAGUUUGUGGCGCUGGUGGAGCCGGAGCUGCUUGAAUCGCGGUGUCCUUACACGGAUGAGCAGCUGCGGAAGAUGUUCCGGAUGUUCGACAGGGACGGCAACGGCUUCAUCACGGCGGCCGAGCUGGCUCACUCCAUGGCCAAGCUGGGCCACGCCCUCACCCCAGACGAGCUCACUGGGAUGAUGCAGGAGGCCGACCUCGACGGCGAUGGCCGUAUCGAUUUCCACGAGUUUACAAGGGCCAUCACCUCCGCCGCUUUCCAUAAUUCUUGGGGUUGAAACUGAAAACCUAAAACCUACCCUACCUCAUUCAAUUUUCACAAGUGCUCCAUCCAUGGAUCAUUAAUUUUGUAAUAUCAUUAUACCAGCUGUAUUACACAGCAACGUUGUUUAUAUAUAUAUACGUUGCUUAUAUAUAUAUAUAUAUAUAUAUAUAGCUCCUGUGUGUUCUAAUCUUUAAACAUUUCCAUAUAUAAUAUUAUAUAAUUUUCUUCUACAAGUUAUAUAA